UAAAGAAAAGGCCCAGCCCUCAGAAGGUCCGAGAGCCACAGCUUGGAACCAAGCGGAAAUGCAUGGAACGUGAUAAAGUGACGAUCAUUGUAAACAAACCCCAAGGUUUUGCUAGCUGUAAAAGGAAUGUCGUGGCUGGUGUCUUUUACUUGAAACUCCAGGAUGUUGUGUGAAGUCCUGCUGUCAUCGCUAUGGUUCCUAUUUGUUAUCUUCUGGGUCGAGACAAUAGGUGUUUGGCUGUUUCUGUCUAUGUUCUACCAGGACCGGGCGUUUUACCACUGGGGAGAUGGGGUAUUUGCAGAUGAUCCUGGACAGAUGAUAUACAUGUUGAGCAGGGUUGAUAACGACAUGCAAACAGAAAUGCAGACCUCAGACAUGCAAAGAUGAAGACUUCCAUCGAAAGGACUUUCAAUGGAGUGCAGCGAUACAACUGAAGAACAUAUGAAAAGCUGUAGCUGUUUUUCCUUUUCACUGACUGCUCGCCCACUGCUGUGCACAAUGCUUGUUAACAUAAAUACAUGUAGGCCCACUCUAAGUUACAGGUGGUGAAGAGUUACAACUAAGCUAUAAGCUUAUAGGGAAUAAUUGAUAUAACAUAUAUGUUCCCCUUCAGAACUUAAUCGACAAGCAAAAUCAAUGUAGCAGAAAAAAACGUGGUAUUGUGUGUCUUUGUUUUAAUUUUGUUUGGAGACUUUCGGAGAUUCGGUUUUGGUCAUACUGUUGUUCCACGCAACUCCAUUUAUUGCUGUCUGCCGUCAUAUAUGUUUUGAAUAUCAGAUUGCAGUAAAUCUGUACUUAGUUGGGUUUAUGAAUGUUGUAGUCAGAUGUGUUAAUGUCACAACCACAAUAAGUAAUCUAGCUUUGAAUAUAGGAGGUGGUGGAACCAUAAACCGAACACAAAAGAACCAUAACUAAGAUUUCAUUAUUUGAUCAAGGAAAUCCUAUUUUUCUAAACUAAGAACUCUCUUACAAUAUAUUCUGGUUAUAAAGUGCAUUUCAAAUCUUGGAAAUACUUUCAACAACAUUUUGUGGCCUUUAUCUGUUAAUUUUGUUCAGUUGUUCGUCAUUUGAUCUGUAUUUCACUAUAAGACUUGUUGUCAAUAGGACACAUAAUAACUGAGCAUCAUUGGUAGCAACUGCAAAAGUUCAAACUGCUGUGGAAGAUCACAAGAUGGAGCCGAAAGCCCUGAGUUAUAUUUUCAUCAGUUAGACGCAAUAUGUAUAUUGCCAAAAACAGGAACAUAGUAUUGAAGAGGGUGGACACUGGCCGGUGACCUCUCUUAAAGCAAUAAUUCAAUGAGAUAUCUAUGAAAUGAAAGAAAAGUGAAAUUACACCUUCAAAAUAUACGAUUAUUUGCAAGUCUGUGAGAUUAUUGGUCUUCCAACAGAUUGCUUUUCAACAAUACCAGCAAAUUAUUUGGGUUUUAUUUUGUAACUCAGAUAAAGAAUGUCAAUUUUUUUUUUUUAUAUAUAUAAAUAUGCAAAAUAAAUGGAAGUAUUUUGAGUGCAUGUUUUUUCUGAGUGUACUAUACGUUGAAAUACGUAACAUGCCAGGACAGCAGGGGUCGCUAACAUAAAGCUAAACCUAACCCUAAACUCGGCGGAUCUCUAACAUCACCGCCGGGUCAUUCAUCCUAUCCUGCCGGAUCCAAAUAAAAACAUGUCGUAUGCAUUCUGAUUAAAGUGGAUUUUUCGUAUAGCUUGGAUCUUCUGCCAUAUAGUGGUUGAUUAUUUGUGCAAACAAUUGUUCAUAGUUUUGAGCAGUUUGUUAAAAAAAUGGCUCCGACGAUUCAGUCCCAAUCUCAACGAGAAGAUGGACACAGUCGGCAGUCCUCUCAUAGAACUGUUCCAGAGAGGUCAGGGGUGGUCUGUCGAGUGAAGUACUGCAACAGCCUGCCAGACAUCCCUUUUGACCCCAAAUUCAUCACAUAUCCAUUUGAUCAGCACAGGUUUGUACAGUAUAAAGCCACUUCUCUAGAGAAGCAGCACAAGCAUGAGCUCCUGACUGAGCCUGACCUCGGGGUCACCAUUGAUCUUAUCAACCCAGACACUUACCGCGUAGACCCAUGUAUACUUUUGGAUCCUGCUGAUGAAAAACUGUUGGAAGAAGACAUCCAGGCUCCAUCCAGUUCAAAGAGGUCACAGCAGCAUGCCAAAGUGGUCCCGUGGAUGAGAAAGACUGAAUAUAUUUCUACAGAGUUCAACAGAUAUGGCGUUUCUAAUGAGAAAGUCGAAGUCAAGAUCGGUGUAUCUGUCAAACAGCAGUUUACAGAAGAAGAAAUCUACAAGGAUAGAGACAGCCAGAUUUCUGCUAUUGAGAAAACAUUUGAGGAUGCACAGAAGUCGAUUGCAACGCACUACAGUAAACCUAGAGUUACUCCCGUGGAAGUUCUUCCUGUGUUCCCCGACUUCAAGAUGUGGAUCAACCCAUGUGCUCAGGUCAUCUUUGACUCUGAUCCUGCGCCUAAAGACUUGUCAGCACCGCAAGGAGUGGAAAUGAUGUCACAGGCUAUGAUCAGGGGUAUGAUGGACGAGGAAGGAAAUCAGUUUGUGGCCUACUUCCUGCCCAACGAAGAAACAAUUCGCAAGCGCAAGAGAGACUGCGAUGAGGGCAUGGAUUAUAUGCCUGAGGAUCUGUAUGAUUACAAGAUAGCCAGGGAGUACAACUGGAAUGUCAAGAACAAAGCCAGCAAGGGUUAUGAAGAGAAUUACUUCUUCAUCUUCAGAGACGGAGAUGGUGUUUACUACAAUGAACUUGAGACAAGAGUGCGUCUGAGCAAGAGGAGAGCCAAGGCUGGGGCGCAGUCCACCACAAAUGCUGUGCUGGUGUGUAAGCACAGAGACAUGAACGAGAAGGAACUUGAAGCCCAGGACGCACGUAAAGCUCAGCUGGAGAACCAUGAGCCAGAAGAUGAAGAGGAAGACCUGGACUUGGAUAAGGACAUGCAGGACUCCGGUGAUGAGAAAGAGAAGGGCAGUGGCAGUGAGGCAGAGAACUCUGGCAGUGACUCUGAGCGGGAGGAUGAAGAGCCGGAACAAAGAGCAGAGGAAGACGAGGAGGAACAGGGUAGAGAGAAGCGGAAGAGGAAGGCAAGCGGCAGUGGGAGCGAGAGCGGCGAGGAGAGGACCAGAGAAAUGCGAGAUGAGGAGGAGAUCUUCGGCAGUGACGAUGACAGUGAAGACAAUGAAGAUGAGAACAAGACCUCAGCCCGGAGCAGUGCGGCGGAGGGCAGCGGGAGUGAGGAUGAAGGAGGGAACAGAGGAGGCAGCCGGAGCCGCAGUGCCUCUCCAGCACACAGCAACCGCAGCAGUGACCACUCGGAGACCCGGGCUCAGAGCGGAAGCGGAAGUGAGAGAGGCUCAGACUCCAGUGAUGCCAGUGACAGUGAAUGAGAUCUCUGAUCAGGACAGCAAGGUGACGGCCACCUUUCUUAGCUGUAUGUUCAUCUCCAAACAUCUGUCACUGACCUUAAUAUUAGUUCAGUCUGGAGAUGUAGCUUAUAUAGCAAAUAUCAAAGGAUAUUUGUGUGAGAUAUUUGGUUUUGGACCCAGGACAUCUCACUUCCAAAACCUUUUUAAUUGUAGAUGAAACUCUCGCACCUGUAGCCAUUUGUACACCAUAUACAAUAAAGGGUCAUGUAAAAAUGUCUUUGUUCCCUCUGUUUUUGACUUGUGAUUGUGUAACGGCUUUGAAACUGAUAAUAAAAUACAGGUGGAAUUUUGUAAGAA